CAUACAUACAUACAUCCCCAAACAGACAGAGAGUAUUCCUAUAUAUUCCCGUCUCUCUGCCUCCAAUUCCUCCCUUCAAGCAAACACCAGCAGUCGCAGAAAGAUCAAAUUGUACUUGUGGAAACCUAGCUUAGCUAACCCAGACAAACACUAAUGGGCGAGAAGAAUGAAGGCGAGAAGAAGCCCGCGGCCGCCGCUCCCGCUGAGAAGAAGGACGACGGCAAGGUCGUUUUGAAAAUCGAUAUGCAUUGCGAAGGAUGUGCUAUGAAAAUCAAAAGAGCAGUCAAACACAUGGAUGGUGUGGAAGAUGUGAAGGCAGACUCUGCAGCCAACAAACUGACUGUGACGGGGAAGGUGGACCCUACCAAAAUCAAAGAGAGACUUGAAGAAAAGACAAAGAAAAAGGUUGAGAUAAUCUCUCCUCAGCCGAAAAAAGACGCCGCCGCCGGCGGUGGGGGCCAGAAAGAAAAUCCUAAAGAAAAGCCGGCCGACAAAUCGGUAAAGAAACCAGAGGAGAAAAAGUCCGAAGAGGAGAAGGCUCCCAAAGAGAGCACUGUCGUUUUGAAGAUCAGGUUGCAUUGUGAUGGUUGCAUCAAGAAGAUCAAGAAGAUAAUAUUGAAGAGCAAAGGAGUUGAUAGCGUAUCCAUAGAUGUUCCCAAGGAUCUAGUGACGGUUAAGGGCACGAUGGAUGUGAAGGACCUAGUGCCGUAUCUCAAGGAGAAGCUCAAACGGCCCGUCGAGGUGGUUCCUGCCAAAAAGGAAGACGUUGCUCCAGAGAAGAAAGAUAAAGAAGCUGCCGGCGGAGAUAAGAAGGGUAAAGAAGUUGCCGGCGGCGACAAGAAGGAUAACGAAAAGGGUGGAGACGAGGGGAAAAAGGAAGGUGGUGCUGCUAAAGUGGAAGUGAGCAAGAUGGAGUAUUUCGGUUACCCGCAACCAGGUCCGUCGUACUGGUUUGAUGGACAAACCUCGUACGGUCAGAACUACGUAAUCGAUAGUUAUCACCAGGGGUAUGCAGCACAGGGCUAUGUUCCUCCUCAAAGCCACGUUUACGAGCACCAAGGGUAUAAUAUGCCGCAAGGAUAUGUGCCUGUGAUCGACUACUACGCGCAACCUCCACAGAUGUUCAGCGACGAGAACCCAAAUGCCUGUUCCAUCAUGUGAUAGAAAUCGACGAUGGAGAAUUUAGAGGACUAAAUAUGUAAAUAAUGAAGUAUAAUUAGAGAGGGAACGGCAAAAUACACAAUCUAAAUGUGGACAAAAAGUUAAAAAGAGUUGAUAGAAUUAUCGUUUAGUGCUAGAGUAAUGGACUUGGCCGGCCCAUCGGUCGGCGGGGGAGCCAGUUUGGUUGUUGUAUUGGUUGUUUUGUUUUGUUUGUUGUUCUUUGAAUCAGUUUAUUAAUAACUAAGAUAAUCAUUUAAAAGAUUUUGUGUA